GCUGAAAGUAAGGAAAGAGCGGCAGCGAGAUGGAUCCCAGAGGCAGACGACGGUAGUCAGCAAGCACAAUGGCGAGCGCACUGAUCAGCAUCUCCAUCUUGCCGGCGACGCUCAAGCUGGUCAAGAUUCCUCGAGCGCAAGUCAAUGAGCGCAUGUAUGAAAUCAACAGGUCUCUGUCCUUUCGAGACUAUGAUCGAGUCGUAUCUGCAGGCUCAGCCUCUCCCAAGGAUCCAUUCUAUAGCUUGACCAUGAACGAGGUCGAGCUCAGUAUCUUUGCGGAUACGUCAAUUGUCGACAAGGUCUUUGCUCGCUGGCUGGAGCACGAUACCUCCGAAAGGGACAGUAUCGAAGUUGGACUCGAGACUUGGGUAGCCAUGCAAGUCGAACAACACGGCGACGAAUGGGAGCAGGCCGGAGCUCGCGUCAAAGAGAUUUCUGCGCCGCUUGCCGCGCAAGGCAUCUCCAUCUUGUUCCUCUCGACUUAUAUCUCCGACUUCAUCCUCAUCAAAGAGCAUCGCCUGGGCUUUGCAUGUUCCAUUCUCGAGUCGUCCGGCUUCAGGUUCCAAGCUUCACCAGAUGACUUCAGCGCGUCAAUGUCAGCAUCGAUGACAGUCUCGCCAUCGCGCGAGAGACCCGUGGGCACGUCCGCAAAGUUCCUGGACGAGAGCAGUAGAACCGUUUCGACGCAGUCCGGUAGUAGUGUGACUCGGUCCAUGACAGGCAGUCUCAUUCUCAACAGCUCGCAAAAUUCACCGCUCCUUUCGAGAUCGCGCGGCAAGUCAUCGAGCGCAGACUUGUCCCUCUCCCCGAAUUCUUCUCGACAGAACUCCGCGGGCCAAUCUCCUGAGGAUUUCCAGACCAGUCUGUCGAAAGACAGCAAAGCGACAGAAGCCCUCGACAGUACUCUCUCCGGUCCUCGCUCUUUUCCGGACUCGGACGAUGUCUUUACCGAGGCUAUGCGAGCGAAGGAGAGUGCUCAUGGACGCAACUUGCGCUCCGCUUCGACGACAUCUGCCGUGAGUUCCUCUACCUCGGCAAUGGGCGAUAAGAUCUCGAUUCUGCCGGACGAGCUCGUUUGUAUCGGCCUCAAUGCCCAAGACGAGACAGCCUGGAGUCACAAGGUCAUCUCCGCGCUCUUCUAUUGCGACGUCAUCUUGCCUUCUCGGCGCCUAGAAGGCUUGAUCAAUGGCAUCGAGCUCGACAUUGCGCCCGAGAUUGACUACGAGAGCGUGGCUGCGAGUCUAGACGAACGUGAGCGUGAUUUCGAAGGCGUGUCGAUACCCUCAACGCACAGUUCGCCAGUUCAAGAAGUCGCACCAUCGACACUCCGGCAGACCGAUAUCACCUUUGACAGCUUACGGCGCAACGCUGGUCGUUCGCGCGAUGCCUCUGUCGAAUCGGCCAUCGGCGCAACAGAGAUGCUACGCCUGGCAUCGAACAGCACCAUCGUCACUCGUAAUGCUCUGCUUCCGACAGCAGAAUCUCCCUACCCCACGCCCUUCAUAUCGCUCACACAAACUCUCGAGGGGACAUCGCUAACAGGCGAUAUUCGCCUACUUCGACUGAUCUUCUCGCCUGCCGAGGAGACGAAUAUGGUCCAUACGCUAGGCGACGGAGGUCUGCAUGGCCAUUGGCGGGGUGAAGAAGGCGAGCUAGAAACGAACGAGUUGCCUGCGCGAGGUCGACCGAGAAUCCGCAAAAGUUCGAGCGGCGAACCUUUUGUGGGUGGUCAGAUGGAGGAUGCCGGCAGCAGCGUCUUUUCGCCCGACGAGGACGAAGAGGAGCUCGAUAUGAGCUUGCCUGAGCUGCCACACACCUCCUCCCGACGACCAAGCCAGAGAUCUCUCGACGGAGGUCGGAGGCUUUACAAAUGCUUACAGUUGGAUCUAUCCUCCUUUGGCCUCGGUCAGCAUUCUUAUCUCACUCUGCUUCGCAUCCACUGAUCAUGCCAUCUAUCCAACAGAAAAGGCUGGUAUCGCGAACCAUUUUUCGGAUCUGCUGACGUCGCAAGGCAUCAAUCUAGUACGCGUGCUCUCUGCAUCGAGAGCAACUCAGCUGACAGUGACGUAGCUGUACUCUUCGACUUUCUCGACGGC